AUGUCUGAACUCCGUCGAAAGGCCCUCGGUAGCGGUAAAACGGUAUCUCGAAAAGCUCAGUCUCGCGCUUCAUCAGCCGCCUCUUCUCGUGCAAAUUCACGCACAACUUCUCGCGCGGGUUCUCGGGCCGCCUCUAGAGCUGGCACCGAUGAUGAAGGCGGCGACCUAAGUGACGAAACAAAUUUCAGUCUCGGAUCUGUCGACGAACUUGCCGCCCUCGAUGACGACGAUGAAACCUCAAAAGGCUGGCAGGAGGAGCUAGGUGACCGAAUGAUGGAGAUUACAGAGAGAAAAAAGAGUAGCUUUGCAGGCAGAGAGGAGGCGUUCGCUGCUUAUAUCCAGAUUCUGUCGGCAAAGUAUGCGAAGGAGGAGAUUUACUCCAAGAAGGCCGAUCUUAUCGACUCCAUGGCGAGGAGUAUCAAGAACGGGCGAACAGAGAAGGAGGGGAUUUUGGCUACAAAGGCUCUUGCGAUUACAAUAAUCACCGACCCAACCGAAGAUCUUUUUCACAAACUUCAAACUACUUUAUGCAGACAAAUAACAGACAACGCCUCCCUUCCUCUCAAAUCUCUCUUGAUUCAUACUCUUGGCGCAGCAACCUUCUACGGUGGGGCCGCUCUCUCUGAGACUGAAGAAAUAAUGAAUUUCCUCCUUGAGAUAAUCGAAUCUGAUGGCCACAAUGUUGGCGCUGGGGACGAUGAAGGCGUUGUAACUGCGGCGCUUGAGGAAUGGGGGAGUUUAUGUACCCAACUCGAAGACGCCGAGGCAAUUACCAGCUUAUCUAUUGAUACUUUAGUGGACCAACUUGAUUCAAGUGAAAUAUCGGUACAGAUUGCCGCCGGCGAGAAUAUUGCGUUGUUAUAUGAGAAGAGUUAUACUUUGGCCGAAGAGGACGAACUUGACGACCCCAACGAACAUAAGAAAUUUAUCCAGCGAUAUGUCCCAUACCCGCGUCAUGACAGCCUCCUCGAGAGCCUGCAAAGAUUAUCUUCAGGGUCCAAGAAACAUCUUUCAAAGAGAAACAAAAAAACACAACACUCUGCCUUUGCGGACAUUCUCCAUUCCGUUGAGAACCCACUGAAGGGACCACGUUAUAGCGAAGCACUCGACAAGAAUGACCGUGUCCGUGGAUCUCGCAUGACAGUGCGAGUACAUAGCAAGGGUGUAUUGAGGGUAGAUCGAUGGUGGAAAUUGCAUAGGCUGCAGUUCUUGAGACGUGUGCUACAGGGUGGCUUCUUAAAUCAUUGGGUGGAAAAUCCAGUUAUCUUUGAGAGCUUGAGUUUAUUUGUGGAAGAGUGUUAG